AUGGCCACAAUGAUAGCUCAGCAUCAUUAUCCUGCUCACCAAACAUACACUAGAUCGCCACCAUCGCCCCCAAUGGAGUCCUCAAAAUGCACUCUGCCGUCCAUCUCCAACCUUUUGGACUUGGCAGAUUCAGGAUCACCCACAAGCGAAGCCUCGCCGACUUUCUCUCCUCGAUCUGAAUAUCCCAUGUCAAGCCGUGCCUCAGCUCUCAAGAUGGAGAGCCGACCUGGAUCCAGCUAUGGGAACUCUGUACAGCAGCACCAAAGGGCAUUCCCACCUUCACCACCCAUGAGCACCGAUGCCUCCAUGGAUCACCCUUCGCCUUCAAGCAAGCCCAUCAGCCAUAUGUCACACCAGCCUUACUACCAAGAAACUACUCCACCACUAGAGGCAGACCACCACCGCCACCACCACAUGGCCUAUCCCCCUCGCCAUGCUCAGUCUUACUCUCAGCACUCAGCCGCCACGACUCCAACCGGUACUUCUGGCAGCUACUUUCCUCCCUCAACGCCUGCUUCUCACGCACAGGUUCCUGGUGUCUCUCAGCAGCGCCCACUUCCUCAGGCAUUCCCGCCUCUGGCUGUCCCCAUGGCAGUAGCCCCCUCUUCUGGUGCCAUCUCAUGGCAGCACCACCACUAUUUACAACCCGCCCCUGGCCACUUCUUCCCGCAAAGCCAGGAUCGCUACAUCUGCCCCACCUGCAACAAGGCAUUCAGUCGCCCCAGCAGUCUCCGCAUUCACAGCCACUCUCACACUGGCGAGAAGCCCUUCAAGUGCUCGCAAGCUGGGUGUGGAAAGGCCUUCAGUGUCCGAAGCAACAUGAAGCGUCACGAGAGGGGUUGCCACAGCGUGCAGGUCAACGCCAACGGAUCCGUAUUAUAA